UUGUGGCCACUGUUACCGUGGUGCGCUUUGGCUCCGGGAGCGCACUGUUUGCUGCUGAGGCUCAGUGCUGGUGGCGGAGCGACAGAGAGGGACGGAGCAGUGACACACAUGGAGCUGAGCUUUUAACAAAGUGGACGUUUCGUCCUGGUACGAUGACUCCGGCUACUUUGGGGCUGUUUUUCUACAGGACUAAGCCCUGAUGAAUGUUUCUCCUCUGUUAAAAACAAACAAAUAAGAGGAAAAAACGGGACUCAUUGACCGGGCGCCGCCUUCACCUUACUCUCAGCCGCCCCUCCGAUCAUCACCUGCAGCUUGCUUUGUACGACACUAAGCGCAGAUUUUGCAGAAGCCUUGAGGGAUUAAAGUUUGAACUUAUGGUUUAUUUGUAGAGCGGCUGAGAUGCUGCCUGCGGAGUCCGCUGCUAGUUGCUGACAUUUCAUACCAUAGGCUGGCGCUCAUUUGUGGGUCUGUGUGGAAAUUAUAAGUGCUGCUGCUGCUGUUUGACAGCCUAAAGACUGCCACCAACCUUAUCUACCUAUGUGCACAUUUGUAUAAUGGAGUACAGUCCGGCUCUGGUUCCCUUACUGGUUGUAUUUGCACUCGGAAGUUUGGCAUAUGGAUCCCGACCCAGAUUAGAGGAUGCCGCCCCUCGGAUUGUAGAGCAUCCCUCUGAUUUAAUUGUGUCCAAGGGGGAGCCAGCUACCCUCAACUGUAAGGCUGAGGGGCGUCCGACCCCGAUGGUGGAAUGGUACAAAGACGGAGAGCGGGUCGAGACUGAUCGAGAGGACCCUCGGUCCCACAGGAUGCUAUUACCCAGCGGCUCCCUCUUCUUUCUGCGAAUUGUACAUGGAAGGCGAAGCAAACCUGAUGAGGGUGUGUAUGUGUGUGUGGCACGCAACUACUUGGGUGAAGCAGUCAGUCGCAAUGCAUCGCUGGAAGUGGCAAUUCUGAGAGAUGAUUUCCGUCAGACGCCCAGUGAUGUGGUGGUGGCAGCAGGGGAGCCGGCUGUCAUGGAGUGUAUCCCUCCCAGGGGCCAUCCGGAGCCCACCAUUUCUUGGAAGAGAAACAACAUCCGGGUCAAUGAUCGAGAUGAAAGAAUUACUAUCCGUGGAGGAAAGUUGAUGAUUUCAAACACCAGGAAAAGUGAUGCUGGCAUGUAUGUGUGCGUUGGAACCAACAUGGUUGGAGAAAAAGACAGUGAUCCUGCUGAACUAGUGGUAUUUGAGAGGCCAGUGUUCACCAAACAGCCGGUGAACCAGGUGGUGUUGGCAGACGAUACAGUGGACUUCUCCUGCGAGGUACACGGAGACCCGACUCCGACUGUCCGCUGGCGCAGAGAGGAGGGCGAGCUGCCUCGGGGCAGAUUUGAAAUCCGCAGUGAGAAUAGUCUGCGUCUGACCCAGGUGCGAGCUGAAGAUGAGGGCACCUACACCUGCGUGUCAGAGAACAGCGUCGGCAAAGCGGAGGCGUCGGCUGCCCUGCAAGUACACGUCGGCCCAUCCUUGCCUCCUCAGAUUGUGGUUCGACCGCGGGACCAGAUCACAACUCCAGGUCGUACCGUAACCUUCCUCUGUGGCACCAAAGGAAACCCUCCGCCAGCCGUCUUCUGGCAAAAAGAAGGCAGCCAGAUCUUGCUGUUCCCUGUCCAGGAGCCAUCACAGUCAGGACGAUUCACAGUGUCACUGAGUGGUGAGCUGACCAUCAAUGAUGUCCAAGUUGAAGACUCUGGCUAUUACAUCUGCCAGGCCAUCAGCGUGGCUGGAAGCAUCCUGACCAAAGCCCUGCUCGAGGUAGAAAGUGCACCUUCAGACCGGGUCCCUCCCAUCAUCCGCCAAGGACCAGCCAAUCACACAUUAGCUCCUGGAUCCAUGGCUCAGUUACACUGUCACAUCAUGGGCAACCCCAUGCCCAGCAUACAAUGGGAAAAAGAUGGCCAAAGGAUCCUGGGAAAUGAUGGUCGAAUCAGCUUGAUGGAAAAUGGAACUUUUCAGAUCACCAACCUCCAGGAAACAGACUCUGGGGUUUACACCUGCCUGGCUAGCAGCUCCAGCGGAGAGACGAGUUGGAGUGGAGUGCUCACAGUCAAAGAGAGCGCAGACGUGUCGGUAGCUCAGGCCACUGAACCCUUCCAGCUGCCAGGCCCGCCACAUAAGCCCAUAGUCACGGAUGUGUCCAAGAACAGUGUCUCUCUGACCUGGCAACCCAAUGCCCAUGAGGGAGGAGCCGCUGUCACCUCCUACAUCAUUGAGGCCUUCAGCCAAUCAGCAGGGAGCACAUGGCAGACUGUAGCUGACAUGGUUAAAAUGGAGACACACACCAUCACCGGCCUUCUUCCCAACACCGUCUACCUGUUCAUCGUCCGUGCUGUCAACACCUACGGCCUGAGUGACCCAAGCCCCAUCUCUGAGCCCGUCAGAACACAAGAUGUGAGCCCUACAGGUCAAGGAGUGGACCACAAGCAAGUGCAGAGGGAGCUGGGAGAGGUGGCUGUUCAGCUUCAGGACCCCGUGAUGCUAACAGCAGCUUCCAUUAGAGUAUCCUGGAACGUCGACCGUCAGUCUCAGUACGUCCAGGGCUACCGUCUGUCCUACCGGCCCAGCGGGGGAAUGUGGCUCCUCCAGGACAUCAAUUCCCCCUCGGAGCGCAGCACCGUCCUCACCGGCUUACUCAAAGGAACCGAGUACGAGAUAAAGAUCCGUCCCUACUUUGAUGAAUUCCAGGGCAAAGAUAGCAGAACGUUGCUAGUCCGGACCCCAGAAGAAGUACCCAGUGCCCCUCCCAGAGCUGUUACAGUGUCAACAGUGAAGCUCGGCAACAGCUCCAGCUCCAGCAUCAGUGUCUCCUGGGAGCCGCCACGCAGUGACACGCAAAAUGGCAUCAUCCAGGAGUACAGGGUUUGGUGCAUGAGCACUGGUGGUGACAACCAGACCCGAUACUACAGUAACAAGACAGUGGAUGGAAACACGUUGUCCACGUUGCUGAAGGGCCUGAUGCCCGGAGUGCUUUACCAAGUGGAGGUGGCAGCAGUGACUAGCGUCGGGAUUGGCACUCGCAGUCAGCCGGUGCCCGUCCUCAUCAAGCUGCCAGUUGAACAGCCCUCAUUAGCAGGUGGAAGCGGAGGCAGUGGUGACAAGACCAAUGGUGGUGAGGAGAGCAGCGUGAGUCUAGCUGAACAGAUUACAGAUGUGGUCAAGCAGCCGGCGUUCAUCGCAGGCAUCGGAGGAGCCUGCUGGGUCAUCCUGAUGGGUUUCAGCGUCUGGAUCUACUGCCGCCGCAAGAAGAGGAAGGAGCUGAGCCACUACACGGCCUCCUUCGCCUACACACCAGCAGUCGGUUUCCCUCAUGGAGAAGGACCGGGACUAAAUGGAAGGCAAGGAGUGCUUGGGGGCAACAUAGGCAACUACCCAUGGCUGGCAGACUCUUGGCCCACCACUAACUUGGUUCACAAUGGCAAAGAGGCCGUCAACUGCUGCCCGGCCAAUCCCGACACAGCUGAGAGAUACUACAACGAAGCUGGCAUCUCCAACUACCUGAAUCAGACUGAGAAGUACAGCAUGGGAGGCUCCACCGAAGGUCCCAUCUACAGCACGAUUGACGCCACCAGCGAGGACCUGCACAGUUUCACCUACGCCCAGCACAACUCCACCACUCCUUACGCUUCCACCUCCAUCAUGCCUUUCACCAACCAGACACAAGUUCCACCCCACGGCGGUGAGCAGCAAGACGACGGCCACUGGAUUACCCAGCCCGGUCCAUCUGGAGCUCAGUACGCCCAGCUGGACCGCUGCAGUGGUAAGCCCAAGCAGAAGGUGAUGGGUAAGGCUGUAAAGACCCCAUCUCUGACCUGGAUGGAGUCCUUGCCCCCGCCUCCGCCCAUAGAAGAGCUGAAGCAGUGUGAGCAAGAUGACGAACUUCCAGAGAACAUGGACCUAGGAUCGGAUGAGGAAUGGUGUCCACCCCUCCCUGAGAGGACAUACCUGAUGGAAGGCUGCGAGGACAGACCUUCGCCCCCUCAGAGGAACAACGCUUCCUCUCCAGCCACCUCCUACAGUCACCAGUCAACCGCCACGCUCACUCCGUCACCGCACGAGGAGCCCCAAGCCCACCAUGACCUCCCCCGUCAGAACCAAUCAAACAGCCAGCAGUUGUCACGCAGAAGGUUACCCUGCGGUCCCAUGCCAGUUCCCCAGGCACCGAGCCCGCUGCUCACCCAGUCCAACCCCAGCCUCUCCGGCCAACAGCAUCACAGCUCAUCAGAAGUUGGCAUGCUGCAGUGCCAGAGUCCUGCCCAUCGCUGCCUCCAGAGCCAGGGCCCAGCUCUGAAUGAAGACAGCAUCAGCACGACCACGCCGGUGCACAGUCGCUCCUCCCCCGCUGAUACAAGUACUCCACCAAACCAAAAAUCAAGAGUGAAAAAAAAAGUGUCUAAGACUUCAGCUUACAGAAGAGACAUACAAGGAGACCUGCCCCCUCCUCCAGAACCACCCCCAGAAGAGAGCCGGUUACAGGACCCCCAGGGGUGCAUGGAGGCCAACUGUGUGACAAACGGCACGCUGUCCUCCCUGGAGAGGAGUGAAUAUAGCAUUAAUAGCCAACAGCGAAAAGGCUCGGGACAGAGACACACUGACAAUGAGGAGAUGAUCCUGUACAGCAGCAAGGCCGGUUACCUCUCCAGAGGUCAGAUGUCUAGUAACUGUUCAACUACAGGAAGUUCCUCAUCGAGAGGCUCCACAGGCUCCCGGGGGCUCAACUCAGCCAGGAAACACAAUGAGGAAUUAAGAUAAAGAAAUUCUAUCAGUGUACCUUUGAUGAUUUGAUCACCCUCCUGCUCCCCGCCCAUCUAACCACUGUGGAGACAAUAAGCUGAACAAGACAUGGAGCUUAGGGUUUCAGGAACCUAGAGUCAAACCUAUGUUAUUGCUGUAAACAGACUUUACAUUCUGCUUUUGGUAUUGCUCCGAAUAUUUAUGAGCCACUCAGAUCACUCCUCACCUUUGGUUUGUAAAUACCUGUGUCUGUAUUUUGUGAGCUCUGGAUACAGGGGUAAAAGAUGUAUAUUGUAUUUAUGAGGAUUAAAAACCCCCACAAACGUCUGAUAUUUAAAAAAAACAAACAAACAAACAAACAAAAAAAAGUCUUCUUGAAUGUGCCAACUUUUUUUCUCAAAAUGUAUACUUUUUGGAAAAGCAUUAACUACUGUUGCACUCUUGUUGUGAUGGCAAAACAACAGAAAAUAUGAAGCACAAAGUGUGUUUUCUGGUCGAGAAUGAGGGGUGGGGGGGGUCAGAAAAACCAAAACGAGCUGGGUCUCGCUCCCAGAUGGACGUCUCCGCCCCCCAGCGCUUCCCCACCAGGAUCCCUGCUGCCAUGUUGUCCGCUACGAAUGUCAUAUUUUUCUAUGUUUCCUCUGGUUUCUCUGCUGCAAAGUGUUCCACUCUGCAGACAGACUGACAGACAGACUUUAUGAAAGUUUGAUUGUAAUCCCUCUGCUUCCCCUCUUGUCUGUCUGAGAGGCUGUUUGCUGCAUUUGUCAGAUGAAAUGUCAAUAUACUCCCUCCAAAACAAACAAACAAACAAACAAAAAAUGUCUGUGGACUGACUUUUUUGUACUCUUGUUGUUUUGUAAAUGUACAGUAAAACACAUUUGAUGA